AACUCUAUUGUUAGAAAAAAAAGAUACAUGUAGAAAUAUACAUGGGAAUGAGAAACAAUUAAUUAAUAUAAUAUUAUUUAAAUUUCAUCUUGGGGUUUAGGAUUUAGAUUUUAGGGUUUACAAUAAUAUUAUUGGAAUUUGAUCCUAAUGAAGUAUUCUUUUACUCUUUUCUUGGAUUGUUGGCACAAUCUAGUUCUUAGUGCCCAUGGGACUAUGGUUAAUCAACUCAUUUGAGUUGUAAUUGAGGACUAGAAGAAUAGGUUACGUGGACAACAAAAUGAGCUGGAAAAUACAACAGUGGGGUCCGUGAUUUGAGAUGAACCUAGGAAAAGACAAAGCCUCCCAUUGCUCAUCUCCUCGAUGUGGGAGCUCAUGCUUCCACGUUCACAUCUUCUCUAUCAAGUUCUACAAUCAAACAUUCUCAUCAUUAAAUAAAUAAAAUUAAAAUUUCCAAUUUCAAAGCUAACUUCAUAAAGAAAUAUUAGUCAUUUAUUUAUAUAUUAAAAAAAUAUUUAAAAAAUUGAUAAAACUUGUUACCCACUUAAAUCAAGGAGUAGCUUAUCUACCUGACAUUUUUAGUAGGAGGUUUGUUGAGGGGAAAUUAUCAGUGGGAAGUUGUUCUCUUGUUUACUCAUGACUCGUAAAGCCCAGUGAUCUUCUCCCCAAUUUUCUCCAACAGGCAACAAGGCAACAAAUCUUAUCUUUAUCACUUCUGCAGGAUAUCUCUAUUCUCUACCUUUCUCUCUGGUUCUAUCCAUGGAGCUCAUCGUCUUCUCAAUCCAACCUUUGCUCCUCCUGUUUCUCGUCUUUCUUUAUUCUUACUAUUACUUCUUCGCUUCACACCAUAAGCCAGAUGAUAAUAAGGGGUUCAAAAUCUACCCCAUACUCGGUACCUUGCCCGAUUUCUUGAGAAAUCGGCAUCGAUUUCUUGAUUGGACAACCGAUAUUCUAAGCCGAUGUCCCACCAACACAUCUGUCUUUCGUCGCCCUGGUAAAGUCCAUGGCAUCAUCACUGCAAACCCUUUAAACGUCGAGUACGUUCUCAAGACCAACUUCGACAACUAUCCCAAAGGCGAGCGGUUCAUUUUCCUUCUCAAGGACUUCCUUGGCCAAGGAAUCUUUAACUCUGACGGUGAACUAUGGAAAAUUCAAAGGAAAACAGCUAGCUACGAGUUCAACACCAAAUCCCUCCGGAAUUUCAUCAUGGACAAUGUUAGGGUCGAGACUUCCACGAGGUUGAUUCCGGUUUUAAACCAAGCUUUAAAAACUCAACAGGUAUUGGAUUUGCAGGAUAUUUUGGAGCAAUACGCGUUUGAUAACAUAUGUCAAUUAGCUUUCAACCUCGACCCUGGUUGUCUUAGAGGCGAUGGAACAUCUGGUUCUCAGUUCAUGCGUGCUUUUGAAGAUGCUGCCUCGCUUAGUUCUGGUAGAUUUAUGUAUGCCUUCCCCUUUUUUUUCAAGAUAAAGAAGAUUUUCAACAUGGGGUCAGAGCGAAACUUAAGGGACUCGAUCAAGAUUGUGCACGAAUUCGCAGAUGACAUCAUACAGAAAAGAUUAGAAGCCAAAGCUGAGAAUCAAGACGAAGAUUUACUGUCCAGGUUCAUCAGAAACGAUGACAAUUCACCUCAGUUUCUCCGAGAUAUCAUCAUAAGCUUCAUAUUAGCAGGGCGAGACACCACAUCUUCAGCUUUGACCUGGUUCUUUUGGCUGCUAUCAGUAAACCCAAAUGUCGAGCUAAACAUACUAAAGGAGCUUGAAUUGAUUCGACAACGAAAUGGGAAAAGCAUCGGCGACGCAUAUACCUUCGAUGAGCUUCGAGACAUGCACUAUCUCCAUGCUGCAAUUUCAGAAAGCUUAAGAUUGUACCCCCCAGCUCCGGUCGAUACAAAAGCUUGUCUAAGCAAUGACAUUCUCCCAGAUGGAACAUUUAUUGGGAAAGACUGGUUUUUCACUUACCAUGCAUAUGCAAUGGGGCGCAUGGAGGCCAUAUGGGGCAAGAAUUGCAAGGAAUAUCUGCCUGAAAGAUGGCUUGAUGAAAACGGAAACUGCAAGCAAGAAAGUCCAUUCCGGUUUCCCAUAUUCCAUGCCGGACCAAGAAUGUGUCUAGGGAAAGACAUGGCUUACAUUCAGAUGAAGUCGAUUGCGGCAGCAGUUAUGGAGAGGUUCGUGAUUGAGGUACCAGGCAAGGACAAGUGCCCUCAGCACUUGUUGUCUUUGACUCUUAGGAUGAAAGGUGGAUUACCUGUAAGAAUAAGGGAAAGAUGAGAGUGGUCUUCUUGUUUUUUUUCUACAACAAGACUGGCCUUGGCUUCUUUACUUUAUCAUCAUCAGUGAUGUAUUAGUAUAGUUACCUACGUUAUUCCAUUUCACAUGUCUAUGGUUUUUCCAACAUGCUAAUAAGCAUCACUGCAUAUGAUACAAUUAUAAAGAAUAAAACAGACAAACAAUGCUGGCA